UUGCGAGGUCAAUAUUGUGCUGCCGUGUUUGAGGUUAAUUACAGUACUUAAUUUCGACAAUAAUUAUUUAUGAUGAGCUAACCACUUAUGGUUAGCUGCAAUAGCGUAGUACUUGAUAUAAGUUCUUAAGUAAAUGCGAACGAUAACAUCAUACUAACACAAUAAUACAAGGACUUGCUAUGAAAAAACGGAUUCCGUCGAUACUGUGAAAUCGCGGAUUUAUCGCGCAUCAAACGAAAUAAUCUUUUCGUGAAUGCUAAUGCUUUGCUAACAACUGAGCUUUAAAUUUUGUCCGUUGAUACUGCUCUGCCAACUGAUAAUUCAUUUAUUUGACAUUUCAUUGGAAAUUAAUUAAUGUUCUUUUGCAAUCUCCUCGUGCAUUAUGGGAGGCAUAAUAUCUUGUAUCUUUGUGAAUUUCGUUCUCCCUAUUGGACUGAUGUUGUCUGCCGAUCUUAGAAGAGUUUUCUCUCUGCAGUGCUACGGGUGCAAUAAUUACGAUCACAAUAGCGGUCGAGGCGGUCCCAUUCCGUGUUUAAAUAAAUCAAAAAGUGCAGAUAUGCAUACUGAGAAGAGCCUCGCGGAAAUGAGGAUUCUGGAUUGUCCGGGCAACUGCGCCGAAGUUGUGACAGGAUUUACAGACGAGCCAGGGUCCCAGAAGCGGAUAUUAAGGUCCUGCCAGGACGAUAGCUUCAGUGAUAUGCCUCUAUUUUUACACGACAAGCCGCUGGGAUGUUAUCGAAAGGACGACUGCAACCCUCCUGGCCCAUGUCAACAUGUUUACUGUAUUUGCAACACCCCUCUCUGUAACAACAAGACCGUACUGGAGGUCAUUAAAUCGGACGCAGACGCAUCCGCAAUAAAUAUGUGCCUUUUCUUGCUCUUACUUUCUGCUAAUGUCUUUAUUACCUGAUUUAAGAAUAUUUUUACGAAACAGUUGUGUUUUUUCGCGAAUUUGUUUUGGCUUGCCGCGGACAAGUUAUCAGGUAUAACGUGCACCGUUUCCUGAGUUGUUUCCUGCAGAAGCAUGGCAAGUAAAGCAUUAAUUUUAAUUCAAAAUUAAUCAAAUUUUAAUUCAAAUUUAGCCCGCGGGUUACUUUACUAUGCAUGUUGUUCCGUUAAUUAGAAAUAAUCUGCGAUCCC